AGCGAUGCUUCUAAAUCACACUAUUUGUCAGCUUCUUGAAUCCCCAGUGGACCGACCUCUCUCACUUUCUCUUUCUAAAAACCACUUCCUCCGACUUUAUUUGCCAUAAAUCAAUUCAAUUUUCAUGGAAAUUGGUGCUGUUCGGUUCAAUCUGUUUGCUCCAAAAACUAUUGCAGGUUGCCUUUUCUUGAACUUCCUACAAUACCCAAAUCGAAAUCUUGAAAUCUGAUGGACCAAAUCAACUGUUAGUUCUUUUUAUUAGGGUUCUGAAAUUCGUUUGUUUCAUUUCAUUCCAUUUCAAUUUCAAGUUUCCCAUACAUUCAAAUGAUUCCAGAAUCAUUAUCUGCAAGCUCCGAUUGUUCACGGAUUUCAUCACCACUCAUUUGCCCAUGUCAGAAACCAAUCCAAUUGAUUUCUGGUUCUGGGACUAAACUUAACCCCUCCAUUAGUAUCAAAAAGAUUUCCAGGAGAAGGAAAAGAGGUGUGGUUUGGGCUUGUGUGGUUCCCAUUGACGGUCGGAACCAAACUUUGGGACUAGAGUUCGCAAAUUCGGUCACAAGGGGUUUGAAAAACAGUGCUGUAAGGCGAAUUUCUGAUGAAUUGGAUGAAGCUAAUGAUUCAAUCUCUGAAGAUUCCAUACAAUUGGGUUAUUCUAAUGACUUUAAUGGUUUUAGAGAAGACCCUAUUGUAGGCAAACUAAGGACUCAACUUGGGGUGAUUCAUCCUAUCCCUGCAAUUCCUAUCAAUAGGAACAUUGCUGGACUGUUUGUGUUCUUUUUCAUUAUUGGGGUUGUGUUUGAUAAACUCUGGACAUCAAGAAAGAAAAUGAGCAAUGAUGAUGGUGGGAAGCUGGGGAUAUGGCCACAGGUUCCCACAAGCUUUUCGCUUUUUCUUGAGAAGGAUUUGCAGAGGAAAGAGUCUGUUGAGUGGGUGAACAUGGUGUUGGGGAAGUUGUGGAAGGUUUAUAGAGGUGGACUUGAGAGUUGGGUAACAGGUUUGCUUCAACCGGUUAUCGAUGACCUAAAGAAACCUGAUUAUGUAGAGAGAGUUGUAAUAAAGCAAUUCUCCCUUGGAGACGAGCCUUUUGUAGUUAGAAAUGUGGAACGCAGAACUUCGCGUAGUGUCAACGAUUUACAGUACCAAAUAGGCCUCCGUUACACUGGUGGUGCUCGAAUGCUUCUAAUGCUGACACUGAAAUUUGGGAUUAUUCCAAUUAAGGUGCCUGUUGGCGUUCGAGAUUUUGACAUUGAUGGAGAACUUUGGGUUAAACUGCGAUUGAUUCCAACAGAACCUUGGGUGGGAGCUGUUUCAUGGGCUUUUGUCUCUCUUCCAAAAAUAAAGUUCGAGUUGUCACCAUUUCGGUUGUUUAAUUUGAUGGCGAUCCCUGUACUCUCGAUGUUUCUGAAAAAGCUUCUGACCGAGGAUUUGCCUCGAUUAUUCGUGCGUCCUAAGAAGAUUGUGUUGGAUUUCCAGAAGGGGAAAGCAGUUGGUCCAGUACAAAAUGAUUUCAAUUCAGCAGAAAUGCAAGAAGGAAAUAAAGAUUUUGCUGGCGAACUUUCUGUCACUCUUGUUGAUGCUCGGAAGCUCUCUUACAUCUUGUAUGGAAAAACGGAUCCAUAUGUUGAACUAAAGCUGGGAGAUCAAGUCGUACACAGUAAAAAGAACAGUAAAACAACCGUCACCGGGCCUCCUGGCCAGCCAAUAUGGAAUCAGGAUUUCAGUAUGCUAGUUACGAACCCAAGAAAACAGAAAUUAUCGAUACAAGUAAAGGAAUCUCUUGGAUUUCUAGAUUUGACCGUUGGCGCAGGAGAGGUUGACCUGGGAUCUUUAGAAGAUACAGUACCGACAGACAGGAUUGUGACCCUCCAAGGAGGUUGGGGACUGUGGAGAAAGGGAUCUGCUGGAGAGAUCCUACUUCGACUCACAUAUAAAGCCUAUGUUGAAGAUGAAGAAGAUGAAAAAAGUGCAUCAGAUGAUGAGUUCUUCGAACUACAAUCAGAUGCUACUAUAUACGACCCUUCAUCACGUGGGACAGAUAAAGAAUCCUUCAUGGAUGUUUUAGCAGCGUUAAUUGUCAGUGAAGAAUUUCAAGGAAUAGUGGCUUCCGAAACAGCAAGUAGUAAAUCUUCCAAUAGUUCAUCAGAUAUGAGGUCAACAACGUCCCCUCGUGCAGUUGGUUCACCCAAUUCCGACACUGGUUCUGGCCCUUUUGAAGGAUCGGCCUUAUUCUGGCUUGGCGUGAUCACAUGUAUCGCAAUACUUGCAACCAUUAACAUGGGUGGCUCAAAUAUCUUCAAUCCUUGAAGCAAUUCACAUGGUUUUUACAGUAUCAAAAAGUCUUGUUGAUUCAAGAAAUGUUCGUAUCGGAUUUUUUUUUGACACAGACCCUCGAAGGUUUUAGCAAGUUACAACAGAAUCAGAUGUCUGUUAAGAAUUCAGGCGAAGAAGACGACACAGGAAGUGAUAACAAGAAGGAAGAGUCGGAAAACCAGCAGAUUAGUAUUGAAUCCGCCAUUGAUGAGGAAUCAUAGAACUUGAAGUAUUUAUGAUUACCCAAAAGAAGAUUCAGUUUUUGUGCACCAUCAAUUUCAUUUCUCCCAAAAAGAAAGGGAACAGAAGGAAGAACAGCCGUCCAAAAGCAGAACACAUGACCACUUAUUCAAACUGGAUUGCCGUCCAAAGAUAAAGAAAAAAUAGCACGAGGAAUUCAAACACGUCGAAAACAAAAAGAAAAGACGCGUACCCAUUUCAUUUUCGGCCGUGCGCUCUGCGAAAACGAAAGCGGUGGGGUCCAGCAGAGUUGGACAUUUCUUGCAGACAAAUGCUGUUUUAGACAUGUUCAUGGCCUUAGUUUAUUGGCAGCGUUUCACCUAAACCUGCUUGGCGCAUGUGAUGCAUAAAGUUGGACAUUUUAAAUUGAGACGUUGGAAAAGAGAGGUUGACUUUCAUACUUGAUGAGUUCAUAUUCUGAUCCAACAUUUUCUGGUUUGUUUGCAUAAUUAUGAAGUAUAUAUAGCGUAUAAAUGUCGGGUUCGAAUCGUAUGUUUGUGGUUUCCUAACGAAUUACAAAGGACUCGCAUAAAUGUUGGUUUUCUUUGAUCACUUCUGAUAUAUGAUACUGAAUGAUUUGGUA